AUGGUUGAACCAGAGGAUUCAUCCAUCGCUCCUAUGGCUGCCUCACAGACUUCACAAACUGUUGCAUCUCACGUUCCUUUUGCAGAUUUAUGUUCAACAUUAGAACGAAUACAGAGAAGUAAAGGACGUGCAGAUAAAAUCAGACACUUCAGGGAAUUUUUAGAUUCUUGGAGAAAAUUUCAUGAUGCCCUUCAUAAGAACCAGAAAGAUGUCACAGACUCUUUUUAUCCUGCAAUGAGACUUAUUCUCCCUCAGCUAGAAAGAGAGAGAAUGGCCUAUGGAAUCAAAGAAACAAUGCUUGCUAAGCUUUAUAUCGAAUUGCUCAAUUUACCUAAAGAUGGGAAAGAUGCUCUUAAACUUUUAAAUUACAGGACACCUACCGGAACUCGUGGAGAUGCUGGGGACUUUGCCAUGAUUGCAUACUUUGUGUUGAAACCAAGAUGUUUACAGAAAGGAAGUUUAACCAUCCAGCAAGUAAAUGACAUUUUGGACUCAAUUGCCUCCAAUAACUCUGCCAAGAGAAAGGACCUAAUAAAGAAGAGUCUUCUUCAGCUAAUAACUCAGAGUUCAGCACUUGAACAAAAGUGGCUAAUACGAAUGAUUGUGAAGGACUUAAAGCUAGGUUUUAGUCAGCAAACUGUGUUUUCUCUUUUUCAUAACGAUGCUGCUGAGUUGCAUAAUGUCACCACAGAUCUGGAGAAAGUCUGUAGGCAACUGCAUGACCCUUCAGUAGGGCUCAGUGAUAUCUCUAUCACUUUAUUCUCCCCCUUUAAACCAAUGCUCGCUGCAAUAGCAGAUAUUGAGCGAAUCGAGAAGGACAUGAAAAACCAGAGUUUCUAUAUUGAAACCAAGCUAGAUGGCGAGCGGAUGCAAAUGCACAAAGAUGGGGAUGUGUAUGCAUAUUUCUCCCGAAAUGGAUAUAAAUAUACGGAACAGUUUGGUGCUUCUCCACAGGAAGGUUCUCUCACACCUUUCAUUCAUAAUGCAUUCAGAACAGAUAUACAGAAUUGUAUCCUUGAUGGUGAGAUGAUGGCCUACAAUCCUAAUACGCAAACUUUUAUGCAAAAGGGGAGUAAGUUUGAUAUUAAAAGAAUGGUAGAGGAUUCUGAUCUGCAAACAUGUUAUUGUGUUUUUGAUGUAUUGAUGGUCAAUGAUAAAAAGCUAGGGCAUGAAACCCUGAGGAAGAGAUACGAAAUUCUUGGUGGUAUUUUUACACCAGUACCAGGCAGAAUACAAAUAGUGGAAAAAACACAAGCUCAUACUAAUCAAGAAGCAAUUGAUGCUCUGAAUGAAGCAAUAGAUAAGAGAGAAGAGGGAAUCAUGAUAAAACACCCUCUAUCCAUUUAUAAGCCAGACAAAAGGGGAGAAGGAUGGUUAAAAAUUAAACCAGAGUACGUAAACGGCCUCAUGGAUGAACUGGACAUCAUAAUUGUCGGGGGCUACUGGGGUAAAGGCUCUCGGGGUGGAAUGAUGUCUCAUUUCCUGUGUGCUGUCGCAGAGAAGCAUGCUUCCGGCGAAAAACCAUCGGUGUUUCACACUCUCUGCCGUAUUGGCUCAGGUUACACCAUGAAAGAACUGUAUGAUCUGGGUUUGAAACUGGCCAAGCACUGGAGGCCUUUUCAUAAAAAAGCUCCACCGAGUAGCAUUUCAUGUGGAACAGAGAAGCCCGAAGUGUACAUUGAGCCUUGCAAUUCUGUCAUCCUUCAGGUCAAAGCAUCAGAGAUUGUUCCCAGCGACAUGUAUAAAACUGGCUGCACUUUGCGUUUCCCACGGAUUGAAAAGAUCAGAGAAGACAAGGAGUGGCAUGAGUGCAUGACUCUGGAUGACUUAGAACAGCUUCGAGGUAAAGCUUCUGGAAAGCUGGCAUCUAAGCACCUUUAUGUCGGUGGUGAUAAUGAACCCCAAGUCAAAAAGCGGAAAGCUGCCCCCAAAACUAAGAAAGUUAUUGGAAUCAUUGAGCACUUAAAGGCACCGAACCUUUCUAAUGUAAACAAAGUUUCCAAUAUAUUUGAAGAUGUGGAGUUUUGUGUUAUGAGUGGAAUAAAUGGCCACCCAAAGCCUGACCUGGAGAACAGGAUUGCAGAAUUUGGUGGGUACAUAGUACAAAACCCAGGCCCAGACACCUACUGUGUUAUCGCAGGGUCUGAGAACAUAAGAGUGAAAAAUAUAAUUUCUUCAGAUAAACACGAUGUGGUCAAGCCUGAGUGGCUGUUAGAAUGUUUUAAGACCAAAAGCUGUGUGCCAUGGCAGCCUCACUUCAUGAUUCAUAUGUGCCCGUCAACAAAAGAACACUUUGCCCGUGAAUAUGAUUGUUACGGUGAUAGUUAUUUUGUUGACACAGAUUUGGACCAACUGAAGGAAGUCUUCUCCGGAAUUAAAGAUCCUGGUGAGCAGACUCCUAAAGAAAUGGCCCCUGUGAUUGCUGAUUUAGAGUGUCGGUAUUCCUGGGACUGCUCUCCCCUGAAUAUGUUUCGAAACCACAUCGUUUAUUUGGACUUGUAUACCGUUAUUAAUGACUUGAACACCAAAAUCGAGGGAACAAGAUUAGCUAUCACAGCCUUAGAGCUUCGAUUUCAUGGAGCAGAAGUAGUUUCUUGUUUAGCGAAGGGAGUGUCUCAUGUAAUCAUUGGGGAGGAUCAUAGUCGUGUUGCAGAUUUUAAAGCUUUUCGAAGAACUCUUAAGAGGAAGUUUAAAAUUCUGCAAGAAGGUUGGGUAAUUGAUUCAAUAGACAAAUGUGAAUUACAGGAGGAAAAUCAGUAUUUGGUUUAA